AUGGAUGCUCUCCCCAGCAGCCCCCUUGGAUGGGUCUGCACGGGUGUCACCGUGCUUUUUGGGGUGACCAUGCUCUGCAUGGCCAAGAGGAGCCUGGCAGAGAAAGUGAACUUGCUGCUCUGGAGCCUCCUGCCCCCCUUACUGGGGCUGCUGUGUGUGGACAUGCUGGGUGCUGCUGGGGGGCUGGGGGUGUUCUGCACCCUCAGCCUCGUCUCCUGUGUGUACCUGGGUGGCAGGGCGCUGCUGCCCGUGGGCGACAAAGCUGUGCUCAUCACAGGAAGUGACACUGGGAUUGGACAUGCACUGGCUAAAUACCUGGAUAAGUUGGGUUUUGUGGUGUUUGCUGGGGUUUUGGAUAAGGAUGGACCUGGAGCUGAGGAACUGAGACGGACCUGUUCUCGGAGACUCUCUCUUCUGCAGAUGGAUAUAACCAAUACCACCCAAGUCAAGGAAGCUUAUCUACAAGUCUCAGAGAAGGUGCAAAACACAGGACUCUGGGGAGUUGUGAACAACGCGGGCAUCCUGGGCUUCCCCGCUGAUGGUGAGCUGCUCCCCAUGAGCACUUACAGGCGGUGCAUGGAGGUGAAUUUCUUUGGGGCUGUAGAGGUGUCCAAGACCUUCUUACCGUUGCUGCGGAAAUCCCGAGGGAGGCUGGUUAACGUGUCCAGCAUGGCAGGAGGCAUUCCGCUGCCGAGGUACGCUGCAUAUGGCGCAUCAAAAGCAGCUCUGUCCAUGUUUUCUGGAGUAAUGAGGCAAGAACUUUCCAAAUGGGGAAUUAAAGUUGCUGCAAUUCAUCCGUCAGGUUUCCGAACAGGUAUCCAAGGCACAUCCGAGCUGUGGGAUAAGCAAGAGAAGGAGCUGGUGGAGAACCUCCCAGCAGACACACGGCAGGACUAUGGUGAGGACUAUCUCCUGGGGCUGAAGACCUGCCUCUUGCACAUGCCCACGUACUGUGCCGCCGACCUCUCUCCUGUCCUGAGUGCCAUCCUGCACGCUUUGCUGGCCAAGAGGCCCCACGGCUUGUACACUCCCGGCAAAGGGGCUUAUUUGACCCUCUGCAUCUUCUGCUACUUUCCUCUCUGGUUCUAUGACUUUUUCAUGAGUAAGAUGCUGAGUACCGAUUCUGUCCCAAGGGCACUGAGAACAUCAGAAGCUGAAAGCAAGAAGCCUUAA